GCAAGUUCGGAGGACGGCAGCGGCGCCCAGAUUUGAAGGAACGUUUUUUGGUCUGUGGCGCUUGCAAGUCCACGGGAAGCGUGAGGCCGAAGGCCGGGACCCAGGUCUGCUAUCAUCCUGAGACUUUAUACCUAUCUCUAGUAUUAGAUUUUCCGAAUCUGGAUCAUCUUUGUUGGUUUACUCUCUCCUUUUGGUGGAGCACAUCCUCUACUAGCUUCCUAAGAAACGAAAUGGGACGCCGGUCAUCAGAUACUGAAGAAGAAAGCAGAAGCAAGAGAAAAAAGAAACACCGUAGACGGUCAUCUUCAAGUAGUUCUUCAGAUAGUAGAACAUAUAGCCGAAAGAAAGGUGGAAGGAAAUCAAGGUCAAAGUCAAGAUCUUGGUCCAGAGAUCUUCAGCCUCGCUCUCAUUCAUAUGAUAGAAGACGCAGGCAUCGAUCAAGCAGUAGCUCUUCUUAUGGCUCUAGAAGAAAACGAAGUCGAAGUCGUUCAAGGGGUCGAGGGAAAUCCUAUAGAGUUCAGAGAUCUAGGUCAAAAAGCAGAACAAGAAGGUCCCGGUCAAGACCUCGUCCACGGUCCCAUAGUCGAAGCAGUGAAAGGUCCAGUCACCGAAGAACCCGUAGUCGAUCUCGGGAUAGAGAACGACGUAAAGGCAGAGACAAGGAGAAAAGAGAAAAGGAGAAGGAUAAAUGCAAGGAUAAGGAAUUACACAACAUCAAACGUGGGGAAUCUGGAAACAUCAAAGCUGGAUUAGAACAUCUGCCACCAGCUGAACAGGCCAAAGCCAGACUACAGCUGGUUCUUGAAGCUGCUGACCAAGCCACCCUGGUUGAACAAGUAAAAAGAGUAAAAGAAAUUGAAGCCAUUGAAAGUGAUUCUUUUGUUCAGCAGACAUUCAGAUCAAGUAAAGAAGUCAAAAAGUCCGUGGAGCCUGGUGAGGUGAAGCAUGCAGCUGCGACAUCGGGACCAGCAACAGUAGUUCCUGACCCUCCCAGUAGUGAAAAAGAAAUAGACCCCAGCAGCAUCCCCACUGCCAUCAAGUACCAAGAUGACAAUUCUCUGGCCCAUCCGAAUUUAUUUAUUGAGAAAGCUGAUGCUGAGGAAAAGUGGUUCAAGAGAUUAAUUGCUCUCCGACAAGAAAGGUUAAUGGGCAGUCCUGUGGCCUAAGUAAUAUAUAUAUGGUUGAAUUAACAGUAACAUUGGAAAUGUAGGUUUUUAAAUCCCAAUAUUAACUUUUUACUCUUAAAAAGCAGUUAGCUGAUUAUGUGAAAAGGUAAUAUUUCAUUCAUUGCUCAUGUAGGCUUGAAUAUUUGUUGAUUUGAACUUAAUCAAACAUUGUGAAUAUUAAAACUAGUGUAAAAUUUAAUGCAUGAAAAUAUCAUACUGUUAAUAAAGUUAAUCCUAAAAAUAUCAGUUGUAAAAUAAAUGGUACACAGUAGUGUUUGAGUAAAACUGGAAAAAUAUCAAGUCGUCAUUUAAGGAUAUAAUUUUGAUUAAUCAUGCAUAUGUAAGAAUCAAACUAUAUGCUAUCCAUGUGAGAUUUCAUCUUCCAUGUAUUAUGAAACCAUUUUUGAAUCUUUUAUUUCACCUUAUUGUAAAAAUUUAGGCAGAAUAAAAAGCACUCUAAACAAUCUAAGUAGAAUGAGCAUGUUAAUCCUAGAGGAAAAAAAUAUUUUUUGAAAAACGUUUCUUGAAAAUUAAAUAAAUUGACAAUUUAUUGCUUAGA